CGAGUCACCCUUCACUGUCCGUCCUAAUGAAGGCCUCUUUCCGCUUGGCCAUUGUCUGCGCCGCUGUGGUGCUUUAACGCGGCAUUUCUGCUGCCUCUAGGUGCGCUCUGAAGUGCACUGAGCGGGUCGUUUCCGGAUUUGAAACACAGCCCUGGAUGCAAAGGCAAUCCCAGCAGAUUGAGAGAUGUCUACUUCCAGACCUGCGGCGCCCUCGGGAAAGAUGAAGAAGGACGAGUCUUUUCUUGGGAAGCUCGGAGGCACGUUGUCUCGCAAGAAGAAAGCAAAAGAAGUGAGUGACCUUCAGGAAGAGGGGAAGUACGCCAUCAACGCGCCACUCCUCCCUGCCAGUACUGACCUCCUCCCAGAGGACAUGCUGCUAGAGGAGAAUGCUGAGAGGAUUAUGUUAGAUCCCACCUCUAGAGAGCAUCCCAAAUUUAAAGACCUACAGAAGGUUCUGAUCGAUUGGAUCAAUAAUGAACUGGAGGAAGAGAGGAUCAUUGUUAAAGAUCUAGAAGAGGAUCUCUAUGAUGGACAGGUGCUGCAGAAGCUGUUUGAGAAGCUGUCAGGACGUAAACUGAAUGUAGCAGAAGUGACCCAGUCAGAGAUUGGUCAGAAACAGAAACUACAGACUGUACUGGAAGCAGUGAAUGAACUGCUCAGACCUCAAGGCUGGACGAUAGAUUGGGGAGUUGAUUCAAUCCACUCAAAGAACCUGGUGGCCAUCGUGUACCUGCUGGUGACUCUGGCCAUGCACUUUAUGGCCCCAAUCAGGCUCCCUGAGCAUGUCUCUGUAAAGGUGGUGGUAGUCAAGAAAAAGGAGGGCAUCUUACACACAUCACGUAUAACAAAAGAACUCACAACUACUACAGAGAUGAUGAUGGGAAGAUUUGAGAGGGAUGCCUUUGACACCUUACUGGACCAUGCACCUGACAAGCUCAAUGUGGUCAAGACGUCCCUGAUCACUUUCGUAAAUAAACACCUGAACAAACUGAAUCUGGAAGUCACUGAGCUGGAGUCACAGUUUGCAGAUGGUGUAUAUCUGGUGCUGCUGAUGGGCCUGCUGGAAGGUUAUUUUGUACCACUGUAUAAUUUUUACCUCACGCCAGAGAACUUUGAACAGAAAGUGCAUAAUGUAGCAUUUGCCUUUGAGUUGAUGCAGGAUGGAGGACUGAAGAAACCUAAAGCUCGACCGGAAGAUGUUGUGAAUUUGAACCUAAAGGCUACUCUGAGAGUCCUGUAUAACCUCUUCACCAACUACAAAAGUGCUGAUUGAUGGAGAAAAGAGAUUUUCACUGUGGAUCAACGCUUACCUUAUGCCUCACUGAUGCCAUAUGUCCACUGUUUGUAUUUAAGAACAUUUAUUUACACAUGUUGCCUUUCUUUUUAUGCUACAGAUGCUGUUGUUCUUUCAGAAAGCACUAAACGUAACUCGAAUGCUUUUAUACAUAAUUUAUGCAAACAAGGCUCACUGCUCCCAACAGUGUUACAUUAGAUUAAUAAAUGCUUGAUUUUUGGAUAUUUUAUGACCUGUGUACACUGUGGAUUAUUUAAAAUAUAAUAUAUAUUAUAACUGUAUUCUUACAAUUAUUAAACAUUUAUGUCUA